GACUGUAGACAUAGUACAGGAGAUGACCAGAGACUGCAGACAGUACAGGGGAUGGCCAGAGACUGCGGGCACAGUACAGGAGAUGACCAGAGACUGCGGACACAGUACAGGAGAUGACCAGAGACUGCGGACACAGUACAGGAGAAGACCAGAGACUGCGGACACAGUACAGGAGAAGACCAGAGACUGCGGACAAAGUACAGGGGAUGAUCAGAGACUGCAGACAUAGUACAGGAGAUGACCAGAGACUGCGGACAUAGUAGAGGUGAUGACCAGAGACUGCAGACAGUACAGGGGAUGACCAGAGACUGCAGACAGUACAGGGGAUGACCAAGAGACUGCAGACAGUACAGGGGAUGACCAGAGACUGCGGACACAGUACAGGAGAUGACCAAGAGACUGCAGACAACAGUACAGGAGAUGACCAGAGACUGCAGACAGUACAGGAGAUGACCAGAGACUGCAGACAGUACAGGAGAUGACCAGAGACUGUGGAC